AUGACAUCAUUUGUGUAUUCGAUGUAUUUAACGGGGGCUGGAGGAAUAAUCAAUAGUAAUGUUGGUCUCGGCUUAGCUUUAUUUUAUGGUGGUGCUAUUCAAUUAUUAGCCGGUUUGUUUGAAUUGAAGAGAGGAGAUGUAUUCCACGCCACAGUUUUCUCCUCUUAUGGUGGUUAUUGGAUCUGUUUCGGAUUCGUUCAUUUAGAUGCCACAGGUAUUAUCGCUUCUUAUAAAGAUGAUCCAGAAAUGUUAAAAAAUGCGCUUGUCGUCGGCGGUAUUCUUGGAGGUAAUUAA